CGUCUGACUUUGCGUGCGCAACAAGCUAGGUUAGCCACUCUAUGCAUCUUAUUGGUUUAGAACACCGGAACUUGCAUCCGUCCCGGAACUCGUCAUAUUAGUCUUGAAAACGGAAGUUCCUCCUCUUUGGUUUCCGCUCGGUGAAGAAGCUUUUAGACAUGGCUCCCCGCAAAGGUAAAGAAAAGAAGGAGGAGCAGGUGAUCAGUCUGGGUCCACAAGUGGCCGAGGGCGAGAAUGUGUUUGGAGUCUGCCACAUCUUCGCCUCCUUUAACGACACCUUCGUCCACGUCACCGAUCUCUCCGGGAAGGAGACGAUCUGCCGCGUGACAGGAGGGAUGAAGGUGAAAGCCGACAGGGACGAGUCGUCUCCGUACGCAGCCAUGUUGGCGGCCCAGGACGUGGCGCAGCGCUGCAAGGAGCUCGGGAUCACAGCGCUGCACAUCAAGCUGAGAGCCACCGGGGGCAACAGGACGAAGACUCCUGGACCCGGAGCCCAGUCCGCUCUCAGAGCCCUGGCUCGUUCUGGAAUGAAGAUCGGCCGUAUCGAGGACGUCACCCCCAUCCCAUCAGACUCCACCAGGAGGAAGGGAGGACGCCGUGGUCGGCGUCUGUGAGCGGGACCUACUCUUUACAAUAAAAGUUUGUUAAAGUC